UCUCUUCAAAGCUGCAUAGAGAGUGACUCUCCCGUGCAUCGCAGCUGCUUCUUUGCUGAUUUGUAUGGCCACAAGGAGCGUCCUCUUGGCCCUCGUGGUCCUUGACUUACUCUUCUAUAUUCCACCAGGUAGAAGUGGACCCAAUGUCUACAUACAAAAAAUCUUUGCUUCAUGUUGGCGACUGCACGGUACUUGCCGGACAAAAUGUUUAAAAAACGAACAAUAUCAUAUUUUUUGUGAUACUACACGUUUGUGCUGUGUAAACCCAAAAUAUUUACCUAUACUGACUGGGAAAUAG